AUGUCAUUUUUUGCCGACUUAUGGAAAUCCGUGUUUGAACCGGGUGCUAAUUCGGCGCUUGUGCAAGCAACACAUGGUUCAUUCUUUUUGCUUACGUUGUCCUUAAUAUGGAUGAUAUACACAACACAUUCGAUUCACUUUAUUAAUCUAUUGGUGAUUUCGUCACUUUUAUGGAUAUCUGUUAUUUGGUUUCUGUCGGAGCUCAAGAAGGCCAAACUUAAAAGCAAUGAAGAAAUAGCUAAAGAUGAUGAAGAUCAUGCCAAGAGUGCGGAGAAGACCGAAAAGGCAGAUAACGAGACCAAAGAUGGGACUCAGAAGGUCGAGAAGGAGACAGAAGGGGAAAAUAAGAAGGAGAAAUAA